AUGUCUUUGAUGUCUGCACAGGUUUCGACAGCGUCGGCCUCGUCUUAUGGCGAUGGUCAGGGUAUCAGUCCCUCUGCGUCGGCCGCAUCAUACGAUGCUGGUCAGGGUAUCAGUCCCAAUGCGUCGGCUGCGUCCGAUUCCCUGGAUUCCUCGGAUUCCUUGGAUUACGACACGGUCACAGGUGAAAGUCCUGCCAUGGUCCCCCUCGCUCAGCAAGCCGUACGGCGCGUUGUUCGAGUAUCCUCCCGUUCCGUCUCCUCGCGCCUUUCUUCUUCCCGUUCCGCCUCUUCCGCCUCUGCCCGGUCCUGGACCACGUCCUCGCCCGUCCCAGCGAAGCCCGUCUUCCCUGCGGUCGGGUGGUUCGUCAAGGGCAUCUGGUGUCCCCUUCCUCCCAAGGUCGAACUGACCCUCAGUUCUUCCGGAUACAUGGAUCGCGGCGCGGAGCACCGCCGGCCCAUUGUACCAGCCGUUCCUUCGAAAGGGUUCCCACCUGGAUGGACCCCUCACGCUCAUUUGCCUGCCGGGAUUCCUCACAUUGAGCGCCAGCCGGUGCCCAGUGUACAAUCCUGGCUCCUGGAUCGGGUUCAUGGCGACGCCCCUGGCUACCCUGGCAACCCGAACCGCGCCUUUCCUUUCCCUCCCGGCUCCGUGACGGAUUCGACCCGGUCUUCUGGAGUCUCGGACCUUUCUGCUUCGCAGUUGGGCGCCCCUGACAACAGGAAUCCAUGGUUCGAUCUCGUUCACUCGGCGACUCAGUCCAAGGCUACCUUUGAGAAGGACGUGGACUCUCUCGUCGUGGACUGCUGGACCGACCUCGCCCGCAAGGUGCGCUUGACGCGUGCGCAACGCCAACUCGAGGACGUCCACCGGUCGACCGCUCUUUACCAGGUAUUCACCAAGCACAUUCCCAGGGUCAAGGCAACCAGGCAGAUGGGUAUGGGUCGACAGGCUUGGCCUUCGCUCAUCAACCAUGUGCGCCAAUAUCGCGCUGCCGACAUCGCGGACCAGGUCCUCUCUCAGCCCCAGGCCGAAUUGUGGGAUUACCGGCCGCCUUCCACUCGUUUACCCAAGUGCAUCGAUGAUGCCUUUGCUUCCUGGGACGCCCGCGAGGAUCCCGAUAUCGCCAUGCCCUUCGAAGAGGUCAUGAAGGCCAAGGAACACCUUGACAACGCCUUUGACGGUUGGUCCGCCAUUGGCGAUGUCUCGGUUUCCCUGGGUUUCGAGGCCAAAUUCGCUGGUAUGGACUUCGAUUUCCCUUCGGACGACUCGGAGCAGGAGCAGGAGCAGGAGCCUGACCUGGAGACGGACGACUCCACCGACACUCAUUCGAUUCCCGAUGCCAUGUCGCUGCCUACUUCCGCCGAGCGCAUUGCGCACUGGAAGAAGUAUGACAGCGAUGUUGACCGUCGGGUGGACGCCUGGCAGAGAGCUAAGGGUGCUGCGCUCUUGCGCAUGCCUGUCCUGGCUCCUCUGCCUACCGACACUCCUUCACCCGAGAAGGCCCCCGUGACCGACUCUUCCAUUCCUUAUGCGGACGACAUGUGGUGGGCGACUCCAUUCGACCGUACCGUUAUCGAGCCUCUGGAGGAGCGCCCGUUCAACGACCCCCUUCUGGAGAAGGUCCGACUCUGGCAACUGUCCAAGGGCGAUGCCCUGUUCCGUGCCCCAGUAUUGGCGCCUCUUCCCGAUGACACUCCUUUGCCUCCCGCGACCGAGGAAGGGUCCUCCGACAAGAUUGAUUCUGAGCCCCAGGGCGAAGAUGAGGCUUCCGAGGAGGAUUCCUUCGCUUCGGCGCAGUCCACUCUUUUGACCGAAGGUUCUGCUCCUGUUUCGACCUCCUGCUCCCCCGACACUCCCUUGACUCCAGGUUCUUUCCCUGAGGACGGCUUCGACAUUGAUGUAGCUCCUGUACGCUCUGCUCAACGGUCCCUCCCUUCGUGGAGCACCGUCGGCAAGGUCUGCUUGGGUGCUGCGGCUCUGGCUCUCGGUGUCGUCUCUGGAUGGUUUCUUUCUGGUUCUUGCUAG